UCCCCCCCGGGGGAGAGCUGUCUCUUUUGCUGUCGUGUUCGAUACGAAGUAAGCCAGGCCAAGAGCCAUGCAAAGCUUCCAUCAUGGCGGACCCCCCGACCUCACUAUGGUGGACGGAGGAGAGAAUCAAGGCGACCCUGUGCACAGGGUUUGUGGCCAGCCAUCUUCCACCAGAGAGUCAGCGACGACUCUUGGACCAACCCCCCUGGGGCGAAGGAUUGACCGAAGAGACUUAUCUCGACUGGAUCCUCACCCGGGCCGGUAGGCUGUUCCUGAUCCUGAACGAGAUCGGCAUCUCGGAUCGCAUCUUCGCUCUGGUCGACGAGUCCUUGGACGACAACGACCUGCCUGUAGCGGCCCACAGUGUCGACCGGCUGCGGCUCUCGCCGCACGGCAGUUCGCCUGCGCUCGAUACCAAGUUUUUCCAUGCCCAAUGGCGUUUCAUCGUCCGCAGUAUCAACGAAGGAGACCAUGUUCGCUAUACGCAGAACGAAGGCGUCCCCAUCGAGGUACAACGGCACGGCAUUGCCAGUCCCUGGACCCAAGACGGAGUCGACAGGGUCGUCCUGGCCGGCGCGGUGUGUCGUGUGCUGCUACGCACUGAGGUCAAGCUGGGCGGCGCUCCGCAUUUCUUCGAGGAGGCGGAGGUGCUGGACGAGGUCCGAUCCCUGCGCCGGUUGGCCCAUGAGCAUGUGUUUUCCAUCUACGGGUCCUAUUUCGUCGACGAGAGUGUUUCUAUCCUUUUCGCCGGUGCCUACGAACGCACUUUAUUGUCCUUCUUGACCGAUACCCCCCAGUCGUUCAAGAAACUCCCCAAGACCCAGCGUCGAGCUCUCAUGAUCAACUGGCCCCAUUGCCUGGCAAACGGCCUAUCGUGGCUCCAUGCCCAUGGUCAGACGCACGGAGCUAUCCGCCCGUCCAACAUCCUGAUCGACGCCGACUACAAAAUCAUUCUCGGUCAAUUCGAGGCGCUGGAUACUCUGUUACCACCCGCCAAGAUCCAUGACGUCGAGGCGUACCAGUACGGCGCCCCCGAACGCUGGGUGCGGUCGGCGACCAAGCAUGAGACUGCUCGCUCGAAUCACCUCCUCCCAUCCGGUGGACGCACCGCUCGCAAGCAGGCAUCGACAUCCUCAAUGAUGCGGCUGAGCCUUUUGAAGGCCAAGGAUCAGCCCCCCACCGUCGACGAGCAAUCUGUCGACGAGUCCCGCCGACCGUCAGUCGCCUCACAGGGAACGGCCAUCCGGAUCGGAUUUCCAGGCUCGCCAUCACGAUUCUCCUUCUCGCUCUCGUCAUCGUCGUCUGGUUCAAGUCAUGACGGCGGCCGCAAACGCGGCAUCGCCUCCAUCAAGAGACCCAUCUUCUACACCCCGUCCAUCUCCUCGUCCAACUCAUCAGGCUCAGCAGCCUCGCACCCGUCGUCCUCCAUGUCCAGGACAACCUCCGGGGCGGCGGUCAAUCCGAUGGGUUCGAAUCAAGCGAGCGUCCUGGUCCAGAGCUGGCAAUCACACCUGGCCAACCCACCAGCGUCGGACAUCUUCUCCCUUGCCGCCGUUACGCUAGAUAUCAUCACGUAUCUCUGCAAGCGCAAGAUCUCAACCUUUGUGCACCACCGCGGCGCGAAAAAUCGCACCCCGGGCCGCGGCGGCGGCAUUGCAGAUGCCUCCUUCCACCUUGACCGCAACACCAGCCAGGUCGCCUCGUGGAUCACCCUUCUGGAGAGCGACGCCCGCAAAGGCAAGGGCCCCGUCUUCCGCGCCGUCGGGCCCAUUCUCGCGACUGUCCGCCAAAUGCUGCAGCGCGACUCCUCCGCACGCCCCGCCGCCCUCCUCGUCGAGCGCCAAUUCUCCAACGCCAUCCGUCAACUCGACGAAGGUGUGACUGAUUUGCAUUGCAUCUCACAAUUUCCCCGACAGAUCCGGCCUGACAAUGUCGAUACCACCACCACCACCACAGCGAAACAGAAACGACCUGUCCCGCCGCCCAUCACCGUCUCAGCGCCUACAGAUCCCUGCAGUACCGCCAAUGACACCCCGCUCUCGUCUACCACAACCAGCAGCCCGUCCAUCCUAUUAUCCGGACCACCAUCGUCUACCUCCCUCUCCCUCUCCGUCUCCGUCUCGGCUUCCUCCAGGUCCUCGUCUCCUCUCCCUUCAUCCUACGCUUCGAGCUUCGGGCCCGACGCCUCCUCCUCAUCAGCAGUGACCUCCGAUCUCGGCUUCGAUUUCGGCUUCACCGCUUGGCACGAGUCCGGUCUUUUUGACCCGGAUGAUAUCAUCGCAGAACAUUACCAUCCUUGAUCCCCUAACAUGCGGAACAAAGUAUCUGAUAUUCCCCCAGAUUCCUGAUCUAUAAACUUGAUAUCUAUAUAUACCCUGAUAUGACCCGGUACGCGUUUCCUAUAUAUAUCAUACAUAAUAUAUAUGAUAUAUACCAACUUUCCCUUCUCUUUAUCAUUGCCACUUUAUCCUUUUUACCUUGUCCCAGAGCUUUGGGCAUGUAAUUUACCAUUAUUAGCAGUUUUCUGCCAGAUGCUAGGCCUACAGUCUAGAGAGAGACAUUAAUAUCAUCAGACUAUUUC